GAAGAGGGGUAGGUAGUUCGUUAUUGCUCGCAGCUCGUAGCUCGCGAUUUUCGGCUCGCGGUUCAUGUUUCGUCAUUCCCGUUCGUUGUCGAUAAGCAGAUCGCGAAUCAAAAGGCUUGCCGAGCCACGGGUCAACAAAUCAAAACAAAAUAUUACUCAAGCUUGCCCAAACUUGUCCAUUAGCUUCGUUUCUUCAUCCAUUUUUUUCAAACAGGAGAUAUAUUUACAAGCCGUGAAUUAACGUAAACAAGAAGCAUAAACGAGCUACAAGUAACACGUCGUGAAAUCUAUGUGAUUCUCCGGCUUUCAAUAUAGACACACGUUUGGCUCGUGAUCGAAGUUCGGCUCGAUGAGUUUAACAAGGUGCUGUAACAAAAAAUGUGAUAUUAUCAUCAAUGGAUAUUACGUACAGAAAAAACAAAACAAAAGAAUUUUCGAAUACUAUAUGUAAACAUGAAUAUGUAAAUUAUAUAAUAUCGCACUGGCACAAUUAUUUGUGGUAUACUGCUGGUUUAGGAACUGGUGUACUAAUAAUGUUAAUUAUACAUUUCAAUUUGUAUCGCCGAGUUUGCUGUCCUAAUAUUCAUAUCUUAAAACGUAUUCGGAGCUGCUUCCGGACCGCUUGGCGCCAUUUCAUUAUUUGGUUUCGUCACUUUUGCCUUGGUCAACCAGGUAUAAAUGAAUAUUCCCUUUCGACAGACAAUAUCGAAACUGUCAGAAGACGAAUAAGGAUAAAUACACACACAAUACCGCUCGUCCCACUAUCGCGACAAUUCGAAAAUCAGCGGCGACCUACAGACUGGUCACGUUUAUCAUUUCUGCAUGCCACGCAGAUGUCACAGUUGCCACGUUCUUCACUACCAUUCACAUAUCAGCCGUCAUCAUCGGAACAAUUACAAAUCACAAGUCGGCAAUCUUCAGCACAAGAGUUACAAAUCUCACAUCAACGAUCUUCAACACAAGAGUCACAAAUCAUAAGUGAGCCACGGUCUACACCACAGUCACAACUGUUGUCUUCUGUAGCCUUACAGCAGCCCAAUCUUAUACAUAUCUCACGGCAAUCAUCAUUACCAUCACCUUCAGAGCUAGUUAAAGUCAACCCUGCAAAUAUUUAUCCGGUUUCCGCACAGAUAUAUACGUGUGCCAUAUCAACCAUGAUUGCAACAUCGACCGUGACUCCGGCAAGGAUUAGUUCUACCGUGCCUGCUGAUGAAGAUUUUGUAACUCCUAUUUUCUCCUUUAAAUGUUAAAUAAUUAAACGUUAUAUUAUUAUAUAUGACAAACUGUAAGGUCUUACUAAUUUGUGAUAUUGCUGUGACGAUGAAUUAUAAAAUAAGUUUUAAUCCAGAAAAUAAAAGUUUUUCAUUAUGCACAAC